ACAGCCCACACUCCAAAAUGGACGAUCACUGCAUGCCAACCGACCCUGCGGUAUCCGGCGCAAUUGACAUGGCUCGCAAUGCUGCAACUUGCGUCCUUACGGGUCAUCAUGGAAGCGCUCUUUGUAGCUGCUUCAACUCUUCCAUGUCCUUCUCCCAGGUCGCCUACCGCCGACUCCUCCCUCUCCUAGCCCAAGACUCGACGAUCGCCCUCACAAAGCUCCAAACUGAACUCGAGGUCCGUCCUGGAAACAAUCUCGCGACGCUCCGCUUGAAGAUGAGCCAAGGUCCAAUCCACGGCUACGUACAAGAGCACAUCGGUCCCAUCGUGUACAAGGAGACAAAACCAAUCUUCGACGCCGUCCUUCCUGAUUACAAGCUCUACUCGCUCGGCCAGCGCGCUGUCCAAACGCUCUACCCCGACGGCUCAUGGUCUGCCGCAAUGCCUCAGGAACGACCUGUCGUCCCACACACAAUCUUUGAGGUCUCUCACGCGAAUCCAAAAACCGAAAAGGCGCUUCGCAAGAGACUGCAGAGCUUCAUCAUGAUGCCUGGCGGCCAGGUUCGUUUGGCCUUCGGCGUCAAGAUACCAUACCACAAUAUCCCGGCGAAGGACGAGGCGGACCGAUUCCACGAAAUGGCGGCUGCCGUUCUGGACGAGAUUGACCGCUGCGUCGUCGCCGCCUAG